AUGGCUCCUAAACAUAAGCUACUCACAUGCUGUGAUAGAGCACAAAUUAUGGCAUUUGAUGAAGCUGGCUGGACUCGACAGAAGAUCGCUGAUCGAAUGGAAGUUAGUAAACGCACUAUUCAACGGAUUGUCAAACGCUUUCAAGGCCAGCGUUCCUUUAAAAUUCAAAAAUUCAAGACGGGUAGGAAACGCAAAACCACCCCCGAGGAGGACGAUUUGAUCCUGGAAGCGGUGAAAGAGUCACCAUUUAAAGCUAGUGGGGAAUUAGCAGCGAUGUUAAAGGAUAAAACAGGCAAAACUUUACAUCCCAGCACCAUCAGGCGACGACUUAUUAAAAAUUCCAAUGCCAAUUCCAAUGCCAAUAAGAAGAUUGUCAAAUUGCUGCAAGGCAAACCAAAAAAAAAGGAUUACAUUACAACCAUACCACGACCAUGUUGUAAAUUCAACCUAAUCUUUAAAAAUGAAUAG